GUCUCGUUUCCCCUCCCCCCCACCACAGAGUGCGCGAACGAGAGAGGAGGAGGGCGCUAUUGGCGACGCUACUGCAGACGCCAUUACCCUCUGUUUCUCCGCCGCACCGACGUCGACGUCUUGCCUGUCCCCACUUGUUUGCCGCCUCUAGAUAACUGUCUUUAAUAUAAGAAAAUGGAAACUGAACAACCAGAGGAAACCUUCCCCAACACUGAAACCAAUGGUGAAUUUGGUAAACGCCCUGCAGAGGAUAUGGAAGAGGAACAAGCAUUUAAAAGAUCUAGAAACACAGAUGAGAUGGUUGAAUUGCGCAUUCUGCUUCAGAGCAAGAAUGCUGGGGCAGUGAUUGGAAAAGGAGGCAAGAAUAUUAAGGCGCUUCGUACAGACUACAAUGCCAGUGUUUCAGUCCCAGACAGCAGUGGCCCCGAGCGCAUAUUGAGCAUCAGUGCUGAUAUUGAAACAAUUGGAGAAAUUCUGAAGAAAAUCAUCCCUACCUUGGAAGAGGGCCUGCAGUUGCCAUCACCCACUGCAACCAGCCAGCUCCCGCUCGAAUCUGAUGCUGUGGAAUGCUUAAAUUACCAACACUAUAAAGGAAGUGACUUUGACUGUGAGUUGAGACUGUUAAUUCAUCAGAGUCUGGCAGGAGGAAUUAUUGGAGUUAAAGGUGCUAAAAUCAAAGAACUUCGAGAGAACACUCAGACAACAAUCAAACUUUUUCAAGAAUGCUGCCCUCAUUCCACCGACAGAGUUGUUCUUAUUGGAGGAAAGCCUGACAGGGUUGUGGAGUGCAUAAAGAUCAUCCUUGAUCUUAUAUCUGAGUCUCCCAUCAAAGGUCGUGCACAACCUUAUGAUCCUAACUUUUACGACGAAACCUACGAUUAUGGUGGUUUUACAAUGAUGUUUGAUGACCGCCGUGGUCGUCCUGUGGGAUUUCCCAUGCGGGGAAGAGGUGGUUUUGACAGAAUGCCUCCUGGUCGGGGUGGACGUCCCAUGCCUCCCUCUAGAAGAGAUUACGAUGACAUGAGCCCUCGUCGAGGACCUCCUCCUCCUCCUCCUGGCCGGGGUGGCCGGGGUGGUAGCAGAGCUCGGAAUCUUCCUCUUCCACCACCACCACCACCCAGAGGAGGAGAUCUAAUGGCCUAUGACAGAAGAGGGAGACCUGGAGACCGCUAUGAUGGCAUGGUUGGUUUCAGUGCUGAUGAAACUUGGGACUCUGCAAUAGAUACAUGGAGCCCAUCAGAAUGGCAAAUGGCUUAUGAACCACAGGGUGGCUCAGGAUAUGAUUAUUCCUAUGCAGGGGGACGUGGCUCUUACGGUGAUCUUGGUGGACCUAUUAUUACUACACAAGUAACUAUUCCCAAAGAUUUGGCUGGAUCUAUUAUUGGCAAAGGUGGUCAGCGUAUUAAGCAAAUUCGCCAUGAGUCUGGAGCUUCCAUCAAAAUUGAUGAACCUUUAGAAGGAUCCGAAGAUCGGAUCAUUACUAUUACAGGAACACAGGACCAGAUACAGAAUGCACAGUAUUUGCUGCAGAACAGUGUGAAGCAGUAUGCAGAUGUUGAAGGAUUCUAAUGCAAGAUAUUUUUUCUUUUUUAUAGUGUGAAGCAGUAUUCUGGAAAGUUUUUCUAAGACUAGUGAAGAACUGAAGGAGUCCUGCAUCUUUUUUUUUUUUUAUCUGCUUCUGUUUAAAAAGCCAACAUUCCUCUGCUUCAUAGGUGUUCUGCAUUUGAGGUGUAGUGAAAUCUUUGCUGUUCACCAGAUGUAAUGUUUUAGUUCCUUACAAACAGGGUUGGGGGGAGGGCAUGCAAAAAACUAACAUUGAAAUUUUGAAACAGCAGCAGAGUGAGUGAAUUUUAUUUUUUGUUCUUUGUUGGUGGUUUUAAAAAAAUUCCCCCCAUGUAAUUAUUGUGAACACCUUGCUUUGUGGUCACUGUAAACAUUUGGGGGGGGGGACAGGGAGGAAAGUAAUAGUCCACAUGUCCCUGGCAUUUGUUCAGAGCAGUGUGCAGAAUGUAAUGCUCUUUUGUAAGAAACGUUUUAUGAUUUUUAAAAUAAAUUUAGUGAAUCUAUUUUUGGUGGUCUUUUUUUUUUAAGACAAUUUUCAAAUGGAGGUUGAAUAUCCCAACCCCUCCCCCCACCUAAACACUUGAGUUUGGUUUUCAGCUCCUCUGUUGGACAAAAGUGCUCCUCUUGAAUAUAGGUUUAUAAAGCUUGGGUGAUUUCUAGAUGCUUGGACAGAAAUUCCGUCACACUUCUACUCAUAAUGAACUCUGAGGGUGUUUUUUGUUUUAAAAUGUUUGCUCCCACUUUUCACAUUUUGUAAAUUGUGAAGAACCCAGGUGUGAGCAGCAGUACUACAGGAUACUAGUUUAUACCAGAAGUCUGAUGGACAGCAAGUUUUAUCAGAAUAACAUUUGGUUAUGGAAGUGGCUGAUGCUGAGUAAAUUCUCAUUAUUUUUGUUAGGUAAUUUCUUACUUAUAGACUUAAACUGUCAACCUGCCUAGUGUUUAUUAGUUAAAAUUUGUAAAAAAAUAUAUAUAUACUUGUUUUUCCAUUGUAUGCAAAAUGAAAGAAAAAUGUACCAUUUCUCUGUUACGUGUUGAAUUAUGUAGGAAAUGUUUGUGAAAAUUCCAAAAAAAUGGAAAAGUUACUGUGGAUGUUUUGUGUAGUAUCUUGGCAUUUGUAUUGAUAGUUUAAAAUCCACAUCCAAAUAAAACUUCCGUGAUGCUAGA